GUAUGUACGUUAAUGUUAGCAAGCUAGAUAGCUAACAUAGCUAAUGCUAGCUAAGUGACCAGCUCAUUUAUGAGUGUGGUGGCUAGCUAAUAAUAAAUCAUCGUGGAAGGCCUACUGUGUACUAACAACCUAGACAAUUCGCGCUAAAAUUCUAUCUAGAUGCCGACCAUUAAGCUACAGAGCUCUGAUGGAGAGAUAUUUGAAGUGGACGUUGAAAUUGCAAAGCAAUCGGUGACCAUAAAGACCAUGUUGGAAGAUUUGGGAAUGGAUGAUGAAGGGGAUGAUGACCCUGUACCUCUUCCAAAUGUCAAUGCAGCCAUAUUAAAAAAGGUGAUACAGUGGUGCACUCACCACAAAGACGACCCCCCGCCUCCAGAGGACGACGAGAACAAAGAGAAGAGGACAGACGAUAUUCCAGUGUGGGAUCAGGAGUUUCUCAAAGUGGACCAGGGGACGCUCUUUGAGCUGAUUCUGGCCGCAAACUACUUGGACAUUAAGGGGUUGUUGGAUGUGACAUGCAAGACCGUGGCAAAUAUGAUUAAAGGAAAAACCCCUGAGGAAAUAAGGAAGACGUUCAACAUCAAAAAUGACUUCACAGAGGAAGAGGAGGCCCAGGUUCGUAAGGAGAACCAGUGGUGUGAGGAGAAAUGAGUUUCACAAUGCAGCACUGACACUCUGCAGCUCUGACACGCUGUGGCACUGACACACUGCAGCACUGACACUGUAAGCAUUGUUCCAAAUACGGAGUGCACUACACUCUUUCUCCUGGUUAAUAUUACUGAGAACUAGAAUGGUACAGCUUUGCACUCACAGCAUGGCCAUUCUCAUUGCUUGUUUGCUGCAAAUAAUUGUCAUGUAGUUUAUCUAGUUUUGAGGUUUCUGUUUUCUCCAGUUAUAGAGAUACAAAUGUGUACUGUUACUCUGAACCAUGAGGACCCUUAUCUUCUAAGCUGCUUUCUCUUUUUGUACCAGAGGUUAUUUUCGCUGAGUAUUCUAUUGAGAUGCUGGCGUACAGCUUUUUUAUUUUAUUUUAUUCGACUUAACAGAUCAAAGCUAGAUUUUAUAAGGACAUCUGGAACUUGAUGCAACCUUUUUGUGAUGAAGGAAUUUGUGCAAAUGUUGACUAAGACGAUGUAACCUGAAGAACAAUGGCAUAUAAAUGGUGUUUUCUGUCAUAUGGAUUUGUAUGGACUUUACCUUCUUUUAGAAAGUAAUAUAUGGUCACAAUGCUGGAGUUUAAUGUUCAGCAGCAGGAAAGAUUCAGUUGUGUUGAGCUGUGAAAAUCAACCAUGAAAUGUCAAAAAUAAAUGUGAAGUUAUCACAAA